AUGCCCACAUCUACGAGCCCUCCUCGUCCCACAGGGGUGGGAUUGCAACAGGAGAUACAAUAUGCCAUCAAAUUAAUGGAAUCCCUUCGAGUGACGGAUUUGAAGAAAGUCUGUAAGGCAAUUACAGUAUCCACGGGUGGAUUGAAAGCAGAUCUGCAAGAUCGAAUAAGAUCAUUCAUUAAACAAUCUAUAUCUAAUGGAAGAGUGGAUCCCUGGAGACCUAAAGUGGUCACUGUUUUCCUACAAAGAAUUAUAGAUGGAGAAUCCACUUUACCAGAGUAUACUAACCUUUGGAAUGCUAUCAAGACGGGCAAUUUCCAUUACACUAUACCGCAGGCAUUAUUCGAACAGACACUUAAUACAACAACAACAACGACGAAAAAAUCUACAACAACAAAGGAUCAAAAGCAUAGUACUUCUCAUGACAAUAAAAAGACCGCUACCAAUGAUACGUUUUAUUUCAGGCGAUCGCCAUUUUAUAAGUUAAUUAAAUUAAUUCCAGGUGGACAUUGUCAAGUGAGAAGGACAACGGGAAGAGGCAGUUCAAGAAUAACGUUUAAUUUAUCACAGAAUGACUGGGAAAUAUUACAAUCAAAUAAGGAAAAAUUUAAAAUAUUACUGUAUAGUGGACUAUCACAUUCUGCUAAAUCAAAGCAAAAGGAACCCAUAUUAUUCCCAAUACCGAAUGAAAUACUGUUUAAUGGUACGCAGAUUAAAGAUAACGUGCGAGGUUUGAAGAAUAAACCAGGAACAGCGAAGCCAGCUGAUUUGACUGAAUUUGUAAGAGAACCUUCCAUGCACAAUAAUUUGGAAUUUAUAUACGCAUUUCAAAAGCAAGAAUAUCAAUUAUUCAUUUAUCUAAUGGAAUUGAUAACUCCCGAAGAACUCGUACAGAGCAUAGUUUUAAAGCACCCUAAAAUAUCCAAACAAUCAUCAAUCUUAUACAUACAAAGAACGCUACGAGAGGAGGAAGAUGCUGAUUUCGUUACUACGUCUACGGUAAUGAGUUUACAAUGUCCCAUCUCAUACACAAGAAUGAAAUAUCCAGCAAGAUCCGCACUUUGCCAACAUUUGCAAUGUUUUGAUGCGUUAUGGUAUCUACAUUCUCAAUUACAAGUACCCACAUGGCAAUGUCCAGUGUGUCAAACGCAUAUCCCCAUUGAAAAUUUAGCCAUUAGUGAAUUUGUGGAGGAAAUUAUUAAAAAUUCUACUGAUGAUGUGGAACAAGUAGAAUUGUCACCCAAUGGUUCAUGGGUAGCGAUACAUGAAGAUGGUGAGGAAACUCAACCCAAUGGAGGUACAACCACAGCAAAGAAGGAAUCAUCGAUGGAUCUUCCAAUGAAAUUAGAAUCAAGUGGCAGUGUACCACCCAUACCGCAUCAUCAUACUGAGGAACCCAUAGUGAUAUCAUUAGAUAGUAGUGAUGAAGAGCCAGAAGAUGAGCCACCGACACAACCACCACAAAUUUCUGAUAAAAAUACAAUGCCAACAUCUACACCGCAGGAGGCAGCAGAUCCUGAAGAUCUUCCGUUGUCGUCCUUGAGAAGACAAAUACCCGACCAAUCAUUACAUGUUGGGCAUAAUGAUUCUACAGCAGAGUACAUUACAGCAGCUACAAAACCUACACAACGGACCAAUACAAAUGUUCCCCCUAUACGACAAAAUAUAGAUCCAUCGAUUAUAAAUAAUGAUAAUGAAAACAGCACCGCAGGGCAAGUUAAUAAUACAUCUGUGCAGCCUAUGACAAUUAAUAAUAAUGGUAAUACUAAUGUUACUGAUAACAACGAAGUUAGAGGAUGGAUAAAUACCACUGCAAAAGAUCAUAGUGCCACAGUCCCCAUACUACCGUUGACAUAUACGGCACCACCGUCAUUUAUCCCUGGUAAUUCAUCACCAACGACACUCCCUCCUCGAAGUGCAUCUUACCCAAUGACAAGCACACAAACAAGACCAGGGCCCGUAAAUGCGGAGAACACUUUGAUUCCACCAGCAGUGGGUUGGAAUGCAUCUACAUCUUCCAAUUCACAUGCACCAGCACCACCUAUGGGAACAUUCUCACCUCCAAGUUCUCUUCCAUCUGUGACUGCCGCCAGAUCCACAUCAUUCUUGGGUCUUUCUGGGAACCUGCCACCUCGGAGUCUAAGCAGUACUGGUAUCUCUUCGCCACCACAGCAAUAUAACAACAACAAUAAUAAUACGAUGCAACUGCGACCCCAACAAACAUCACUUCCUUCAAACACAAUAGUACCAUCGUUCCCUUACGCAAACACGAUGACUUCUCCACCUCAGCUAUCAGGUAUCAAUGGUAUGAAUCUUCUUGGGAUGAAUGGGACGGUACCUACUACUCGCACAGGGUAUCCCAAUUUGAACGAUGUAAACACAACUUUAUUGGGCAUGAAUGGAACCCCUGUUGCCCCGGUACCAGCCCUGGCUCCGGCACCACCACUUUCUGAUAAACAACGACCAGUGGGGGCUCCAGUCCAUGGCAGAUCACGUCAUUCGUCAUCGAAUGUGUCGCCUUUCAUCCCUAAGAAAUAUCCACAUCCUCCGCCAGUACUACCUCGCAAGAGGAAGAACCCUGAGACGAGGGCCAAUGAGCUGGGUGUUACAGUGUCUGAUUCUCAGGCUUCAGCACCGGUACCUUCUUUGAAUCGUGAUCGUAAUGAUGAUGCGGAUGUCAUUGAUCUUACAUCUGAUUGA